AUGGUUGCUGAGGAAUGGACCCAAUCCCUAGAAACAAUCUUUGAGUUCAUGCAAAUUAGUAAUGGGGAUAGGGUGCGGUGCACAACUUUUAUGUUUAGGGACGAUGCUCGUAUAUGGUGGCAAGGAGCAAAGUUUGUUGUAGACCUUGCUACUAUAUCCUGGGAAGAAUUCAAGAACACCUUUUAUGGUAAAUAUUUUACCCUUAGCACCAGGAACAAGUUGGCCCGUGAGUUUCUGGAAAUCAGACAAGGUGACGCUAGUGUGGCUGACUAUGUGAAAAAGUUUGAGAGGGGACGAUAUUUUGCUCCCAUGAUCCUUGGGAGUGCGGCCAUGGAACUCAAUCAUUUUAUGAAGGGGCUUAAUGCUACUAUCAGGAGGGACGUGCGCCUUAGUGGAGCGACCACUAUGAGAGAAACUAUUGAGAAGGCGCUGAUGGCAGAAAAGGAUAGCGCUGACAUUGUAAAGGAGUUCCAAGCCAAGAGGAACAACUAUGCUGGAAGAGAUUCGCAAGGACCCAACUUCAAAAGGCCUGUUCAACAAUCUUUUAAUCAAUAUGCACCCCAACAGCAGACAAUGAACUUAUUUCAGGGUCAAAAUUAUCAAGGGCCACAACAUCAACAAAAUCAACAAAGGAGAAUUCAACCUGCUAAGCCAGCAGUGUCGGCCAAGGCUCCAAAAAAGGCCAUUGUUCCGGGUAGAGUGUUUGUAAUGAAUCAAGAAGAAGCAUACCAUAAUUCCACCAUCAUUACGGGUAAUCUUCUAAUUGCCAACACCUUAGCUCAUACUUUAAUUGAUACUGGUGCAACACACUCUUUUGUUUCUGCCAACUUUGUUCAAAAAUCUGGUUUGAGACCCGAUAAAACUAAGACUGUGUAUAGUAUUUCCCUACCAUCAGGAACAAGUUUGAACACUAAUAAGUAUGUUAAGGCCUGUAAGGCAUAUAUCCAAAAGCACAAGAUGCUAGUAAAUCUUGUGGUAGUAGAAAUGGUUGGUUUUGAUAUCAUUUUAGGAAUGGAGUGGCUAACUCGUCAUGAGGCUCACAUCGACUGUAAGAAAAAGACAGUAUCUUUAAUUGAUCAAGAUGGGAGAACAUUCCAGUUCAGAGCAACACAUCCACCCAAUCCUUCCUUUAAAAUUCAACAGCCGCUUACAUCAGGGGUUCCAAUAGUGUUGUCUACUUCUUAUUCUAUGCUAGGAGUUCAGCUACCUAGACUUGAGGACAUCAAAGUUGUAAGAGACUUUCCUGAUGUGUUUCCUGAAGACAUCAAUGGUCUACCACCACUAAGAGAGGUAGAGUUUGGCAUCACGUUGAAAGAGGGAAUACAUCCAAUUUCUAAGGCACCUUAUAGGUUAGCACCCACGAAGUUGAAGGAGAUGAAAGAUCAACUAGAAGACUAA